AUGGGCUCCACCAAAGACAUCUCCCUCGACCGCCCACGCCCCUCAGCGAGCGAGGCUGACGAACCAGGCCCACCUGGUUCUGGCGAUCCGCCGCCGCUGGCGACGAAGGAGGCAGCAGGUGCCGUCGCCAUGGUUUGCACAACCUGCGGGAAGGAGGGCAACCACUCGGCACCCGAUUGCCCCUACAGGGAUCUCCUAGCAUGGGCCUCGAAGAGGCACGGGUCUCCUCCCGCACCUCACCGCGCGUCGCGUCGAGUCUGCCCGAUGUGCCUGCGUCCCCCGGACCCGUGGAGGUGGCGCUGGGACGACGACAGCUCCGUCCGCGUGACCAACCUGCCCGAGGGCACCCGCGAGCCCGACCUUUACAACCUCCUCGCCCCGUUCGGCAUCGUCAACCGCGUCUCCCUCUCGCCCGGGUCGCGGUCCGGCGUCGUCGAGCUCGACCAGGUCGAGGACGCGGAGGAGGCGAUCGGCUGGCUCGACGGGGAAGUCCCCGGAGCCGGAGGUUGCGUCCUCCGGGCCGAGUGGGCGGUGCCGUUCGACCCUCGCCCUCCCCCGAUCUGCGCGCGGUGCCUGCGGGACUCCGAGACCUGGAUCCGCGUGACCAAUCUCUCGCUGCGCACCCGCGAGCAGGACCUCUACAACCUGGCCUGCCCGUUCGGCAUCAUCGACAGCACCAGCCUUGCCGUGGAUGAUGAGGAGAGUGGAUCGCGCAGGCAGGUCGGCAUUGUCGAGUUCGAUCAGAGGGAAGUUGCCGUGGACGCGGUCAGGUGGCUCCAUGGGCAUGUUUACGAUGACCUGGUCCUAAGAGUUGAGGGCCCCUUGAAAUUGUGA